GAACUUCUCUCACUAAAAACCCCUUCUGAAAAAGCCGGGAAACAACUCCAACUUAGGAAUUUUCUUCUUGGGUUUUGUUCCCAAUCUCCAUUUAUGUUUUUUAGUAGUAACUUUUCUUAUCCCCUCUCCGCCCUCCAAUAAAAUAAAAUAAAACAUUAUUAAUAAAUAAAAAGAAAAUUGGAUUUUGGGUUUUUGAGUAAAAAUCAUUAGGAGUACUAACAAACAGAAAAACAGGGAUCAGCUGGCGGCUUGUAGUAUGUGUACUAGGCUGAAGGACGAUUUUGGUUCAUGAUGAUUACCAUCUGGUUGUAGUUUUUUCUCAGUUGGACUCUAUUUCACGAAAAAGUCAAGUACUUUUUUGGUGGAGUUUUUUUUCAUUUCUUCUUUUUUUUUUUAUUUAUACUGUUUUUUAAUUCAUUAAUAAAUAAUGAAUAUAAUAGUAUUAUCAGUAAUUAAAUAGUGACUUUUGUCGUUUUUUCUACCUUAAUUACUUGUUUAAUAGCACCAUAAUAAUAAUUUUAUAUUGUUGAGGCAUGAAAUAAUUGAGGUGGGGUAGAGGUUAUCAGAAUUUUCCUUGUAGGAAGUCUAUUUUGGAUGUAUUUAAUCUUGGAGCAUUGACCCACUUGAGCUAGGGAGAGAGAGAGAGAGAGAGAAAGUACUUAGUCAGGCAAAGGCAUAUAUGGAAACUAAGAAACGAUGUGAAGAAGAAGAAUAUGGUAUCAUCAUCAUCUUCAUGUGAACAAUCUUGUACAGUAGUACUUACUAUAUAGUACUAUGAAGAGAAGAAGUAUAGAAGCGGAAGCAACUUAAGUAGUUGAGAAGAAUUGUGGAAUAUUCAUACAUAAGAUGGUCUCAUCAGCUGGGUUUUGCUACUCAGAUGUUUCACCAAAUAACAAUAAUAUUCCGAGUAGUACUACAGCUCCAAACCAUAUUCAACCUCAGUUCACCAACAACCACCAGAUCCAAGAGUUUCAUCACCACUCCAACCCUGCAGAGAUCUUCAAUUUGACAACAGGCAUGGAGAUGAUUGGCUUUUCCAAGACUAGUAAUAACCAAAGUUUCAGUACUAUUUCCAAGGCAGCAGCCGGUCCAUCAUCUUCCAAGACCAUGGAUGAGUCCACCAAUACCAACCAUCAUGAUCAAAAUCAAGAUCAUGAUCAUCAUCACCAUCAAUUCUAUGAUCAUUUCACGACUGGGAUUUCAGAAACAAGUUGCGAGAAUCUAAUGGUUGGACCAGAUCAUGAUCAUCAGCAGCAGCCUUGGCAAGAGAAUAGGUUCCUGGUUGAUGAUUCUUCUUUGAGAUGUGUUUUUCCUUGUGAAGGAAAUGAGAGGCCAAGCCAAGGCUUAUCACUCUCCUUAAGCUCAGCCAAUCCUUCUAGUAUUGGACUACAAAGUUUUGAAUUGAGACAAACGAACCAUCAUCAUCAACAACAUCAAGAUCAUCAUGAUGAUGAUCAUAUGAGGUUCCUUAGUACUUCAUCUCGAGAUGGGUAUUUUGGGAAAGUGGCAAAUAUGCAAACCACCCAACAAAUGAAUAUGAAUCACAAUCAAGAUGGGUUUUUGGGUGGUAAUAAAGCUGUCAAUUUUCAUCAUCAAGUACAGUUUCAACUGAAAAACUCAAAGUACUUGAACCCUACUCGAGAGCUUCUGAACGAGUUUUGUAGCCUUGGAACUAAGCAAACAGAUUUGAUAACGAAGCAAAAAUCUCAAAAGCUGAGUAAACAGACAUCAUGGGACGAUCAGACUGCUGAUAAUAAUGGCGCCAGUUCUUCCAAAAAUAAAUCCCUUUACUCCCUUGAAUUCAUGGAAUUGCAAAAGAGAAAAACCAAGCUGCUUUCAAUGUUGGAAGAGGUUGAGAGAAGAUACAAGCACUAUUGCGACCAAAUGAAGGCAGUCGUGUCAUCUUUUGAGGCUGUGGCUGGGGCUGGAGCGGCAACCGUGUACUCCGCCCUAGCUUCGAAAGCCAUGUCAAGGCACUUCAGGUGCCUCAAAGAUGGAAUAGUGAAUCAGAUUCAGGCCACAAGGAAGGCAAUGGGGGAAAAGGAUGCUACUGGGGGCGCACCGGGCACUACCAGAGGUGAGACACCAAGGCUUAGGCUUCUUGACCAAACCUUAAGACAACAAAGGGCUUUUCAGCAGAUGACUAUGAUGGAGAGCCAUCCAUGGCGCCCUCAACGAGGUCUUCCUGAACGUUCCGUCUCUGUCCUCCGAGCGUGGCUCUUCGAACAUUUUUUACACCCGUACCCAAGUGAUGUUGAUAAAGUUAUCUUAGCUCGCCAAACAGGCCUUUCAAGAAGCCAGGUAUCAAAUUGGUUCAUUAACGCAAGAGUGAGACUGUGGAAGCCAAUGGUGGAAGAAAUGUACUUAGAAGAGACAAAGGAGAGAGAAUUAGCCAAUAUGGGAGCCUCAUCAUCAUCACCUGAUCAUGAUCAAUUGGAUAAUAUUCUGGGCGACCCGAUACGACUAUCGGGUCGGAGUAACCCACCCGACACAGAACAGAAACCAACCCACGACCAACUUCUCCGCAUUGACUCGGAAUGUCUCUCUUCUAUAGUCAUAAAUCCAGAAAAAUCUCCACACCACGGGCACAACAACAUGAUCCAUCAAAUACGACACCAAAACUUUGGUGGUGGUAGUCGUUUUGGGGAAGUAGUGUCGUUCGGGUCAUCAUCCUCACAGCAGGAGCUUGACUUUUCUUCGUAUAACAAUAAUAAUAAUAAUCAACAACAACAAAGGAAUGGUGGUGGGUCAGUUUUAUACUCUAAUCAUGAUCAUCAGAACCCUAGUAAUGUGGCCGGAUUCAAUAAUGGAGGAGGAGUGUCUUUAACAUUAGGGCUACAGCAACAUGCAGGAGGAGGAGGAGGAGGUGGUCAUGGUGGUGGAGUUAGCUUAGCCUUUUCUCAUCCGGGUUCGCAAAGCUCUGUAUUUUACUCUUCAAGAGAUCAUAACAUUGAUGAUGAUCAGUGCCAACAAGGGGUUGUUCAGUACUCGCUCUUAGACGGAGAAGGUCAGAAUUUGCCUUACAGGAAUUUGAUGGGGGCACAGUUGCUCCACGAUUUGGCAUGAUUAUUAUUACUAUCUCUCAUGACAUAUAAUAUAUGCUGGUGAUGAUUUAUUUAGAUAUUUAAAAUCAUCUUCUUCAUCUUUUUUUUUUAUUAGGUACAUCAUCUUUCUAUAUAAAAUAUAGUCAAAAUAUACUUUCAUAUAAUUAUAUAUAUAUCUAGAUACUUACGUACAUACAAGGUAUACUGGGGGUUCAAUUACUAGACAUAUGAACAUGAUAAUAUAUGUAUAUGAUCAUGUUCAAUUUUCUUUUGGCUAGCUAGCUAGUAAUUUUGGUACAAUAUUUAUCUAUUUAUCUGUUUUUAUAUA